UUGGCGGCGGCGGCGCGGCGCUGCGCUGACUGGGCUGGGCCGGGCAGCGGCAGCGACGGCUGAGGUGGUUAAAGAGGCCACUGAGGCGCUGACUGAGUGGCCGGCAGGCGCCUGUAGCCUCGAGCAGCCGCUUCGUGCCGCUCGGCACUCCCCGGGCAGCGGUGGGCCGCGGUGCGCAGCCUGCCAGGGAGCUGCGGCGGGCACACCCCGGCGGCGGCGACAGCGGACAGGUUAGAGUGGGGGCAGGGACGGUCGCGGGAGCAGUCGGGGGCCGGAGAGGGAGCCCGAGCCAGGCCAUCUCCAACCAUGUCCGACGAAGCGUCAGCCACCACUUCGUACGAGAAGUUUCUAACCCCCGAGGAGCCCUUCCCGCUUCUGGGACCCCCUCGCGGGGUGGGCACCUGCCCGAGCGAGGAGCCGGGCUGCCUGGACAUCAGCGACUUCGGCUGCCAGCUCUCGUCUUGCCAUCGCACGGAUCCGCUCCACCGCUUCCACACCAACAGGUGGAACUUAACUUCCUGUGGAACAAGUGUGGCCAGCUCAGAAUGCAGUGAGGAGCUGUUUUCAUCAGUUUCUGUUGGAGAUCAAGAUGAUUGCUAUUCCCUAUUAGAUGAUCAGGACUUCACGUCUUUUGAUUUAUUCCCUGAGGGGAGUGUCUGCAGUGAUGUCUCUUCUUCUAUUAGCACAUACUGGGAUUGGUCAGAUAGCGAAUUUGAAUGGCAGUUACCAGGCAGUGACAUUGCCAGUGGGAGUGAUGUACUUUCUGAUGUCAUACCCAGUAUUCCAUGUUCACCUUGCCUGCUUCCUAAAAAGAAAAACAAGCACCGGAAUUUAGAUGAACUUCCUUGGAGUGCAAUGACAAAUGAUGAACAGGUGGAAUAUAUUGAGUAUCUGAGUCGUAAAGUCAGUACUGAGAUGGGUCUUCGGGAGCAACUUGAUAUUAUUAAAAUAAUUGAUCCUUCUGCUCAAAUCUCCCCUACAGACAGUGAGUUUAUUAUUGAACUUAACUGUCUCACAGAUGAAAAACUGAAGCAGGUCAGAAACUAUAUCAAGGAGCAUAGCCCUCGCCUACGGCCUGCAAGAGAGGCCUGGAAGAGAAGCAACUUUAGUUGCGCAAGCACCAGUGGAGUGAGCGGUGCCAGUGCCAGUGCCAGCAGCAGCAGUGCCAGCAUGGUCAGUUCUGCAAGCAGCAGUGGGUCCAGUGUUGGAAACUCUGCUUCAAACUCCAGUGCCAACAUGAGUCGAGCACACAGUGACAGCAACUUGUCUGCAAGUGCAGCAGAGCGGAUUCGGGAUUCAAAAAAGCGAUCCAAGCAGCGGAAGUUACAGCAGAAGGCCUUGCGCAAGAGGCAGCUGAAAGAGCAGAGGCAGGCUCGGAAGGAGAGGCUCAGUGGGCUAUUCCUUAAUGAAGAAGUGCUGUCCUUGAAAGUGACUGAGGAAGACCACGAAGCAGAUGUAGAUGUUUUGAUGUAAUAAGGGUGAAUUUAUCCGCGUUCUUUCUAAGCAUUAUUCUAUCCUUAUUUGUUUACAUGCAUCUUGACCAAACUUUUGUUGGUUAGGGCUGUGCUGAUGUACUAUUCAUAAUUUAGGUCUGUGGUUCUCAGCAGGUGGUCCUCAGACCAGCAGCUUCAGCAUCAGCUGAGAAGUUAUUAGAAAUGCAUACUCUUGGGCCCCACCCCAGACCUAGUGAAUCAGAAAUGCUGUGGGAGGGGCCUAGCAUUGUGUUUUAACAGGCACUAGGUUAUUCUGCCACACACUCUAGUUUUAAGAACCACUGAUUUAGUAAAUGUUUUGACUAUUUAAACUUCAGGGUGGUUAAGUGGGCUUUUUCAAAGACUAGUACUUUUACAGUUUAGAAGACUUUAAGGUACUGCUGACAAAUAGUCUAUUAUGUCAGUAUACAUAUGUAGAGAUCAUAAUUCAGUUUCCUUCUUAAUGUUAUGAUUUCUUAGUUUAGUUUUUCUAAAGGGCCGUAGCAUAAUUCUCAAUUCCUAGUGGACAUCUUUUUUCCAGGUUGGGGUAGGGUGUGGAUUGCUGUUUACAAUAGUGCCUUCAUUAGGUUUAGUUCUAUCUGUUUUCAUUCAUUAUUAACUCAAAGGUGUAAAAACAGGCCCUGAUAUCUUUCGUUAGGUUUGUUUUUGUUUUUCACUUUAUGUAAAUUCAGAAUCCUUUCUGCAAGUGAUGACUACUGAGAAAAUAAUGUUACUAGUGGCUGAAUUUUAGACUUGAUGCUAUGUUGAUUAAUAUUCAAAUGGAGAAAUCAAUUAAGCAAAACAACCAAUUCUGCUUUUCCACUGCUUUUUGAAAUUUUAGGCUGUGAAACGGUUUUAAAGGCAGAAAAUAUCUCUAUCAAGUUCUUUUGUAGGUCUUUUUAUUUUCAGCACAGCUCUAAUUUUUAACUAUUUGGUGUAACAGCUUCUGGCAUGUGAACAGGUUAAUGUUCAAAAUUAACUAAAGAAAACCCUUACAGUUCUGCUAAACUCUAUAAAUCGCUAGAAAUACACUGAGCAGUGAGAUAUAAAAAAAAAACUUAGCUUCUUGGCUACUAAUAGAACUCUAAUUUUAAAUGUGAACUCAUGGAGUCUCUUUAAAUGUUUUCAUGGAGAGUUUGUUAUGAACAUUAGAAGUAGUGUGAUUCCUUUUAUUUUUCCACAAAUCUUUAAACAUUCACAUGGGUUAAAAAAAAAAGGAAACUGAUACUACUGACAAUCAAGCUGCUUUCUGACUUUCAUAAUUUUCUUUUUGUUGUGGAAACUUGGGAGGUAAUCAUAAUUUUGUAGGAGGAGUUGUAAUCAAUAAUUUUUUAAACUCUAGAGUCAGCGGUUGAUAGAGUCCUACUUUUUUUUUUUUUACAUUGUAUCAUAUCAAGUAACCUGUUAAAAAGAUUAACAACUUAGAUUCUUAAUUCUCAGUUGAUAGAAAGGCUUAACCUUUUCUUACAGUCAUGUGUUUUGAAAUUUUGAUUUUAUUUUGGUUCCCCGAAGGUUAAAGAAUUGAAACUGAGGAAAAAAUUGAUAUAUUGCAGCUUUGCUGAGGACUGUGGUAUGGUUGUAACAUUUCGAAGACUACUAAAUUCAUACUUCAAAUUUUUACUAAAAAGUAUAUACGUAUAUAUGGUUAUCAGUUGGAGUAGUCCUUCUGACUUUCCUCUUACCCCCUGUUUGUGCUUCUAACUAGCUUAGAGGGCCCAAAGAGAGCUUGGGGAUAGAUCCCAGAAUAUUCUGAGGAAGACAGAAAGGGUCCACCUCGUUGUUUUCCCUUCCAAAUAUAUUAAGAGUAAAUGGAGAGAAGAGCAAAUACAGGUGAAUUCUCUACCUGCUCUUAGCAAAAGCAAAAUUCCAGGGGAUGAUUGCCUGUUCUCUUUACCUACUCUUCAAGGAAAACAGGCUACUUUUGGAGAUCAUAGAGCAGCAUUUAUCUAUUAAACACUUGGCAACAGUUUACUUGACAGUGACCAGUAGAAGAAAAUCCUAAUAAGACCAAUUCCUCUAUUCUCCCAACAAUCACGUAGUCUUACUACCCUAGAUUUAACUUAAGUCACUAUUAAACAAGUUUACCAAAGCACCACAGAGCCAAUUUUUAAAGUUUAUAAAGGUUUGAGUGUUUAUAGUAAAGUGCGCCAUGAAAUUUUGUGUAAACUGGAUGCGCUGUUUUUACGGUACCAUAAAUUAGAGAUAGCUCAUUAAGUUGGCUUGGAAGAGAUUGAAAGAAUGAAAAGAAAAGAAAUUAAGCAACUUGGGUUUGCUUAUCAUCGAAGAGGGAGAUUACAAAGUUUUUCUCUACCUACCCCCCCCCAAAUAAACAGCAGAAAAAGACAAAAAAUUCUCAUCUUUGUUAAUGUGCUAUACUUUUUUUGGUUUUAUUGCCUCCUGUAGGUAAUUGAAGUUUGAAUUCUUUCUUGGAAUAAGUAAUAAAUUCAGUCUGGUCUCUUUCUGAGUUCAAUUUAAAACAAAUCCAACUCAAUAUUUAUUUCUUUUUAAAUAUAAACCCCAACUAACCAAUUAAUAAAAAUGUGAGAUUUAUUUGCUCCAGUGUCAGUUCUCAUCUGUAGAGAGUUGAUGUUGGAGCAAAUAAGUCUUUCCUUUUAAAAAUCAGCCUUCUUAACUGAGGGCAUGAUAAAAAAUAAGCCUUGUUAACUAAGGGCAUGAUAAAGUCACAUCAGAUUUAUCCAGAAACAUUUUAUUAGAGAUCUCGUAUGUAUGUCAAUUAUAUCUCAACAAAACUGGAAAAAAAAAGAUUUCGUAGAAGCCUGUCAGUCCCUACCACAGCUUUUAAAAGUGUGAACCUUGAGUUUAAACAAAAUGGCAUGUCUUUUUCCACAGUUUUGCAAUGGAGUUAAAGUAAGGCAAUGUAGUAUAAUGUGUAGUGGAGUAUAAAGGGCUAAUUCAUUCUAUCCCAAGAAGAACUUAGAGUAAAAUAACUUUUUUUUUUUCUUGAGACUUGUCUUAUUUUUAGUUAGGUGUGUUGGCAGUUUUGUCCGUUUCGUCAGUCCUUUGGGUUAACUAGAUAUUGCUGAAUUAAUCCCAGAAACUGACUUGUAAUUCGAUGACUCCAUGAAUUGGGUGGACAUUUCAUUUUAUUUAGCUCUUAAAAGUGCUAAAACCCCUCAUGAAGGAAAAAUUUCAAGAAACUAUUGUAUAAAGGUAUCCAGAUUCUGAUGAGCUUUAAAAAUUGUGAAAUUGAUCAAAUGUCUUCAUAUUUAAGCCAAAAAUGUUAGUACAUGACAAAUAUAGAAGUCUUGUUCCCAGGAUUCUCUAGCAGAAUUUUUUGUUAGUGGCUUACUCUGUAUAGCCUCAUGUGCCUUAAAGGUGAACUCUGUACUUUUCGUCAAUAUCAGGCUGUUCCAAACUCAAAAGUAAUCUAAAUGUUGUAAUUCGUUUUAUAAAAUGCCCAUGCUGUUGGAUAUCAGUAAGCAAAGGCAUUAAAUCAAACCACGUAAUCAAUGAUAAGAGUGUAUAACAAAACAAAAACCUUCAGAUCUCAAGUUUCAUUUGCAUAACUUGAUUUUUGGCCCAGCUAGGUCAUGGAAGGACAUUGAAGUCAACUAAAGUAUAGCUUAAUGUAUUCUUUUAUUUUUUCCCCUGAAAAAAGUCAUAAACCAGAAUACUUUUUUUUUUUUGGCUACGCUGUGUGGCUUGCGGGAUCUUAGUUCCCCGACCAGGGAUUGAACCCGGGUCCUCGGCAGUGAAAGCGCAGAGUCGUAACCACUGGACUGACAGGGAAUUCCCGAGAAUACUUUUUAAAACCAGAUAACUCUGGAAAGAUAAUUUUCAAGGCAAAAGUACUUCAAGAACAGAGAUUAUAUAGCAAGUUGAUUCUCUUGUUAACUUUAGGAAUUCUUUGUAUUCAUUCAUGUAAUAGCUGAACAUUCCUUUUCCCUUUAACAAAUUACCUUUUAGCACUUCUAUCUAGAAGAAAAAACGUUUGCUUCGAAUUGGGAGGGGGUUACUUAAAGUCAGUAUAUAGUUUGAGAUGGUUGAUAGGAAAAUUUCCAGUUACAUUCAAAUAGUAGUAGUGAUGUUGAUUACACUGACAUUCAACAUGUCUAAACUUAGAGGUAAAUUUAAUCCUUAAAAGGACUAUUAGGUAGAAAAUAAGUAUUUGUAUACACAUGUACUGUGGUAACUUUGGAUUCAUUUUAAGUCUGACAAAGUAAGAUAAGUUUUAUCUUUACAAUGAAAUUAUGCUAAGUGGCAGGAGGUAUCUGAGAGAUAUUUAGACCUAGGCAUCCCUGUCAGUAUCUGGAACAUAGCUCCUUAGAAAUGCUUAAUUCUUAUUUCUUUGGAAAAUAACUUACUUAUUUACUUAUUCCAAAAGGCUUAGAAGGAACUAUGAAAAUUCCUCUAGGUUAACUGGCUAUUAAGAGUAAGAAGUCAACUCUACUUUGAUAAAAUUUUUUUUAAGGAUAAAAAAGAGUAAGGAGGUUGCAUGGUAUAGCUGAGUUGACUCACUAAAAUUUUAUUUUCAUAUU